AUGCCGACUGUGAUAUUAUUGGAUGUUUCUCUUUCUAUGAGUCGGCCCGUACCUUCCUCGGACUCUACAGAAAACCAUACACGUCUGACGAUUGCUUCAUCAGCGAUUAAUACAUUUCUAGACUACCUAUGUGUACAUUCUAAACUAGAAUAUGUUGCACUGGUUACGUUUUCAUCCACAUAUGAAGUAACAAUUCCAUUUACCCGUGAUUAUGACAACAUCAGAGCAAAAUUGCCUCAUCUGGAAGAAGGAGACAAGACAUGUAUUGAAACGGCUUUUAUUGGUGUAAACCAAUUAAUCUUAAAUGAAUGGGGAUAUCAAACACCUAUGCAAAUAAUAUUGAUUACAGAUGGCAGUAUAGGUACUGGACAAAUAGGAAGGAAUCGGAUUAUACAAGCCCUACCUUUGCCGCCCACAUACCCUGUGCGUAUACAUGUUCUGCCCGUGGUUGCCCCAAAUGAUCAGAGCUUACAACAAGCUAUACCUUUGUAUCAGAAAAUAAUAGAUUUAGCAAGUAACACUAACAAUACUAUAAGUAACAUUUCAAGAGGUGCCAUUUAUAGUCCGGACACCUUAAAUGUUCCUGGGGUCGUAACAGCCAUGACCAGGCUUUGUGAACAGCAGUACCAAGAAUACUGGUGUUCUCUAAAGUGUGGACAGUUAGAAGCGCGCGUCCAACUCUUUCCAGCACCAACUCCUGCGUCUCAUGAUGGAAUAUCAGCUACUUAUACUAUAUCGAAUCAACUGCACAUUAUAGGAUUUAUUUCUCAACAGGACUUGGGCACUCCCAUAGCAUUAAGUAAACAUUUGGUGAUACCACAAGCACAGACGAAUAAUAAUACAAAUCGAGAGAAUUAUGACCCAAAAACACCUACAAAGGAAGGUUCAAGUACGGAUGGUUCGACUGAUGAAGAGAACAUAUCAGAUCCCAGCAAAGUGCCGAAUUUCUGUGUGUUACUCCAUGGAGCACUUAAGGUAGAAAGUAUGGCUGCAGUGGUACAACUUGGAGUAGAUUGGUGGGGAACACUAUCUGCCUGGUGUGAGGCAGCACGCGCGAGACGCUCCUGCCUUCUUCUCAGUGUAUUAAGACCCGGAGCGUCUGCUGCCCCCUGGCUUGGGCCAUUGGACCAAUUGGGGCCCAUCGAUGAGACCACAACGAACCCGGAAACAUUCCCAAUACGCUCGUGGCGUUCGUAUAGCGGUGGCGGGUCGGGAUGCGCAUGGGCACGCCCACACGCCUUAUUGGCGGACGUACAAAAAGUGCUGAGACAUGCGAGGAAGUUACCUGAUAAGACACAACAUUUGUAUAAGGAAUUGAACCGUCUCCGCCGUGCAGCAAUAUCUCUUGGGUUCUCUGAGCUUCUGACAUGCGUGGGCGGAGCUUUAGAGCGCGAAUGUGCGUCUUUAGGCGGGUCUGCCCCACCCGAGUGUGCAUUACAACUUGCCCAUGCAGCUGCCGCCCUGAGGGAUCCGAGGACCGCCCUCGACAUAAAACAUACCCUACAACCAUUGGCUACGGACUUUUCUUCUAUGUCACAUUAA